ACCAAACUCCAUGACAUAAGAAAAACAGAUCCCCCAUUUUCUCCACUCAUCUUAGAGCUCUUAGCUAACAAUGUCUAACUCUGAUGUUAUCCCCUCCCAUGUUCAUGUUGCUUUGCUCCCGAGCUCCGGCGUGGGUCAUCUGCUACCUUUUCUCCGACUCGCUGCUUCUCUGAUCCGCCACCAAUGUUCAGUCACUUUAAUCACUACUCACCCUGUCGUUUCUUCAUCCGAAUCUCAAAUUAUCUCCACUUUCCUCUCCCUCUUCCCUCAAGUAACCGAAAAGAAGUUCACACUCAUCCCCAUCGAUCCGACGACAGCUAACACCACCGACCCUUUUUUUCUCCAAUGGGAAACCAUUCGCCGAUCUGCUCACUUGCUUUUCCCUCUCCUGUCUUCAUCGUCUCCACUGCUCUCGUUUAUCGUCACCGAUGUGACAUUGAUGACUUCUGUGAUUUCAAUCACUGAAAAUCUCCGUCUCCCGAAUUACUGUCUCUUCACUGCAUCAGCUCGAAUGUUGUCUCUCGUCUCUUGUUUCCCUUCCAUCCCUUCAUCGAUUCCGAAGGCAUCGCUUCCUCCGGCGCUUUUGGACUCGAAGAGUUUCUUAGCAAAGGAUUUAUCGGAAAGCGGUAAAUGCAUCAAGCAUUCCGAUGGUGUUUUGAUCAAUACCUUUGAAGAGCUCGAAAAAGAAACACUGGAGAUGCUUCCAACAAAAGGGUUGCCAACAGUUUUCACUCUUGGACCUCUUCUGCCAUUAGAAUUCGAGGGGGGAUCUUCUUUUGCUCCAUUGGAGUGGCUGGAGAACCAAAGGAAAAGCUCUGUUGUUUAUGUCAGCUUCGGGAGUAGGACAGCGAUGUCUAAAGAGCAAAUAAGGGAGCUUGGAAAAGGGCUGGUCUUGAGUGGAUACAAGUUCUUGUGGGUGGUGAAGAGUAAAAUUGUUGACAAAGAAGAAAUAGGAGACGAUUUAGAUGAGAUUCUAGGACACCAAGUUAUGAACAAGGUGAAGAAGAACUAUGGGUUUGUUUUGAAUCGAUGGGUGGAUCAAUGGCGGAUACUGAGUCACAAAGCGGUUGGCGGGUUCAUGAGCCAUUGUGGAUGGAACUCAGUGGUGGAGGCAGCUUGGCAUGGGAUCCCAGUGCUUGGAUGGCCUCAACACGGGGAUCAAAUGAUCAAUGGGGAGGUGAUAGAGGCAGCUGGGUGGGGGCUUUGCAUGAAAAGUUGGGGAUGGGGACUGAAUAAUCAUUUGGUGAAAGGAGAGGAGAUUGGGGACAAAAUCAAGGAGCUGAUGGAGAAUCAAAUGGUGAGAAUGAAAGCUGCAGGAAUCAGUGAAGCGGCCAAGAAAAGUUCAGAGUCAGGUGGGAGUUGUCAUAACAUGGCGAAGCUUUUCCAGAGCUUGAACAAGAAUUAAACAAAUGAAUUGUGUUCAAGUUUCAGUUAAUUGAGAAAUUUGUCUGUUUUAUUUUUAUGAACUCAAGAUGUCUUUGUUCGUGUCGGUGAGGUUAAAAUGUUUUAUGUUUAAAUGGAUACGGAUUCUCGCUCUAAA